UUUUAAAUAAUGUUGUGUCUUUUUUAAAUAAUGUUGUGUCUUUUUUUGGUCAUUUUGUGUCUUUUUUUGGUCAACCCAGUAGGUGGCAGCCUGUUCAAGCAAAUAUAAUCAGAUUAAACGAAGCGGAAUUCGGAUGGAGCUACUGGCCACCAGUACUGAGCACCUGGUGGAUCUGAUCCAGGGUUAGCUUCUGUCUGCAGCUUUUUGCUCUAUAAUUAGAUUUAUUAUCAUGGCACCACCUGGAAACGGAUAUUUCUGAGCUUGUCUACUUGCAACUCAUUUUCUCUUCCGCCUUUUUAUGGAAAGGAUCCAGAGUUGUAUGUGUUUGUGGAGGGGAAUCCGCGUCUUGUAGACAUGCUGCAACGCCAUGACGCAAUUCACACUCUCCUGCUGCAACACAAUAAAAUAUGAAUCUCCAGAGUGCCGACGAUGGGAUGCUGCUUCUUUGGGUGUAAAAAGGAUCCGGUUUGAAUGGUGAGGAGAGUGGGGGUGUGGCGCAGACCAGCACCCAUUCACCAAAACACAAUACACGCCCCGGAGCGCGCACCGGGGACCUGGUUUAGGUUUUGACAGUCUGGACCUUCUCGCUGGGUGCACACAGGCCAGCCGGCCCCCUUCUCUCCUCUCCGGGCUGCACAUGAAAAAAACGCCUCCACGCAGAGAUCCUGAUCGCGUUACGCACAUCCAAAACCUCCGUGGAUACACAGCGGACCAGUGGCCUGCACGGGAAGAUGCGAUAACUACGGUAAGGCAUGCUAGCACCAGGCGUGCAUGUUGUGUUGCAAGAGGAGAUUGAAUGCCUCUAAAAUCUCAAGGCGGUGAGCCCUGUGCCGGGUGGUGAUGAGCAGUCAGGGCAGCAGCAGCAGGGGAAGUGGCGGCCAGCAUGCUGACGCUCCUCCCCCUCGCCACCACGCCCCUGGACCCAAGCUGCAGGUGCAGCGCUCCCUCUCCCGCGACACCAUCACCAUCCACUUCUCCGCUCUGGGGAAGGAGGAAGACGACGAGGAAGAGGAGCUCUACGGCGGCGGCGUGCCUCUCGGAUCUGCCGAGGACACUAAAUGUGAGCCGGACGGUGCACUUCUUGUUCUUGGAGGUGUAGAAGCUGCGGGGGUCGACGACCAGACGGUCACCACGGCGUUGGAGGCCAAAGAGGAGCUGCUGUUUGAACCUCCUGGUGUGGAGACCUCCUCCUCCUCCUAUGGAGCUGCUGUGCUCCCUGUUGCAUCCAACCCCUCAGACCUCCAUGCACAUACACCUUCUGCAGCCAUGACUAUUAUCCCCACCUCCUCACACCCACAUUUGAGCUCCACGCCUCCUGCCAGCUCCUCCUGGCCUUCUGACCGACCCCCGUGCACAAGCUCCACCUCCUCCUCCUCCUCCUCGCCUUGCAAGUCUGCAGCCUUGUCCUCCUCCAAGCCGUUCCUCAGCCUGGUCCGCUCCCUGUCCAACGACGUGGAGUCCCGAGAAACCGCUCCGGCCCCCACGACUGUUGCACCGUCGCACGCUCGCCACCGCCACUUAAUGAAAUCUUUCGUUAAGUCUCUUUCCACGGACGCCUCGAAGCCGCCGGAACACCAAGAAGGUCCUCUUCAUCACUAUCUGCACCAUCAGCAGCAGCAGCAGCAGCCCUCCCAGAGGCCUCCGCCUCGCAACAUGCAGCUCUUCAAACAGUUCUCCCAGCCUCGUUUAUGCUCCAGCCCCGUCGUCGUUACCAAAGCAGGUGGAGACUCCAAAACGGCGCCCUCGUCCCCUAUCAUGUCCCCGGACGGUCGGUCUUUCUUCAAGGUCCAGGAGGUGGAGGCCAGGAUCGAGGACACCAAGCGGCGGCUGUCGGAGGUGAUGUCGGACCCCCUGCAGCUCUUCAGUAAGAUCAUGGGGGAUGAAUCGGGCGUGGGAGGCGUCGGAAGCGGCGCCCAUCGGGCCAAGUCGCUCUCCUCGAGCGCGUCGGAGCUCAGCGGCGUGGCGGCGGUAAACGGGCACGCGGAAGGCAACAACAACUACAGCAUCAAGGAGGAGGAAGGGGCCGAAGAGGAGGAGACCCCCACAGGAAAGGGCCCCGAUUCGGUUUUUUUCUCCUUCCCGUCGUUGGCUCCAGCUCCAACUCUCUCCCACGCCUCCUCCUCCUCCUCCUCCACUUUCCCCAAGUCUCCUUCUCUGACGCUGGGCCGCUGCUCCAUGUCGGCCCUGGUGGCCCGGCAGGAAGACGAGGACUUCUGCGAACUCUACAGCGAAGACUUUGAGUUGUGUACCGAUACGGAGACGCCGGACGGGGAUCGCCCCGGGUUCAGGCAGCCCCAUACUGGGAGCACUGGGAUGUGCAGUGAGCUCGACACAGAGGAGGAGGAGAAAGAGGAGGAGGAGGAGGAGGAGGAGGAAGAGUUUGAGCCUGUGCCUGUGACUGGCCUCAUCUUCCUGGCCCAGUUGGUGUACUGGUAUAUAAUCCUCCCAGUGCCUCCGUAUGUGUGUGCGGUGGUUCAUGGGGUGGUCGCUGGGUUCAUGUUGGCCUUACUGGUCCUCUGGAUGUCGUCUCCUCGACGCUCCUCGUCAGGGACAAGGAGAGGGAGGCAGAGGACAGAGUGUUGGAACGUGGCCCAGCUGGAUAUCAAAGAACCAGGAACCUUCAAGGGCUGGAUGAACGAGAUCCACUGCUACGACCCUGAGAUGUACCACGCCACCCUGACCCACUCCGUCUACGUCCGUCUGGAGGGCUCCGUCCUGCGUCUGUCCAAACCCAACAGGAACAUUUCCCGCCGCGCCACUCACAACGAGCCCAAACCUGACGUCACCUACAUCAGCCAGAAGAUCUACGACCUGACCGACAGCAAGAUCUACCUGGUGCCCCAGAGCCUGGCCAGGAAGAGAGUCUGGAACAAGAAGUACCCGAUCUGCAUCGAGCUGGCCAAGCAGGAGGACUUCAUGUCCAAGGCCCAGGGGGAGAAGCCUGAAGCUGGGGAGGAGAAGCCAACAGGGCCGGGGGAGAAACCGGAACGAACGGCGGAGAAAUGUGAGAAAGUCGAGGUGUCGGGACCAGCAGAGGAGCCCAAGAGACCCAGCUCUGGAGGAGGAGACCUGACCAUCUACCUGUUUGGGAGGACGGGUCGGGAGAAGGAGGAGUGGUUCAGGAGGUUUCUCCUGGCCUCCAGAGUGAAGUCAGAGGGGAGGGGGGGCAGUCUGCCCGCCAUCUGCAAGAGUGCCUUCCUGCCCUCCCACAGCCGCAGCAGCAGCACCCAGUCAGGAGGAGGCCUGGAGGCCGACAGCAGGAGCAGCAGCAGAGGGAGUCUGGAGGAGCUGAGUCUGUCCCGUCAUAGAGACCCCUCCUCAGCCCUCUCCUCCGGCUCCACUGGGGGGAUGAAGCAGAAGAUGCUGCUGGACUAUAACGUCUACAUGGCCAAAUACGUCAACCCCCAGGCUCCACAGAGGAGCCCCACUGCCACCGACAGCCCCGGGCCCAGCCCCGAGAGCAGCCCCAAAACUACCAAAAAGAUACGCAGGAGUUCGGAGGAGGCUGUGGAGCCUGAGGCCUGGGUCAACGCCUUCGUGGGAAGGAUAUUCUGGGACUUCCUGGGAGAGAAAUACUGGGCCAACGUCGUCUCCAAGAAGAUCCAGAUGAAGCUCAGUAAGAUCAGGCUGCCAUAUGUUAUGAACGAGCUGACGUUGACAGAGCUAGACAUGGGCUUCUCCAUUCCUAAGAUCCUCCAUGCCUCUAAACCUUCUGUGGACCACCAAGGUCUGUGGUUUGAUCUGGAGGUCUCCUACACCGGCUCCUUCCUCAUGACACUAGAGACCAAGAUGAACCUGGCCCGUCUGGGCAAAGAGGGCGAGGGUCUCGGGGAGCACGGGAAAGAGUGGUCCAGGCCGAGGACCUACUGUCUGGCCGACAGCGAUGAGGAGUCGUCUAGUGCCGGCUCUUCAGAUGAGGAGGACCCUCCAGAACUGUUCAGUGAUAAACCUGCUCCUCCAGGAGCAGAGGGCUAUGUGGGAGGCCACAGGCCCAGUAAGAUCAUGCGUUUUGUGGACAAGAUCGCCAAGUCCAAGUACUUCCAGAAGGCCACAGAGACGGAGUUCAUUAAGAAGAAGAUGGAGGAGGUGUCCAACACGCCCCUGCUCCUCACCGUGGAGGUGCAGGAGUUCCGCGGGACGCUGGCGGUCAACAUCCCACCUCCUCCCACGGACAGGAUAUGGUACGGCUUCAGGAGUCCUCCUCACCUGGAGCUGAAGGCUCGGCCCAAACUGGGAGAGAGAGAAGUCACUUUAGUUCACAUUACAGACUGGAUCGAGAAGAAACUGGACCAGGAGUUCCAGAAAAUAUUCGUGAUGCCAAACAUGGACGACGUCUGGCUACCCAUAAUGCACUCUGCCAUGGACACACGCUCUAAUGCCAACUUGGCUACUGUGACAAACGAUGCCUUGAAGGACCCAGACCCAGAGGAGUCUGAGGUCUCCGACAUGUAAAAGACUGCUGAUAAAAAAGUGACGUAAUGAUGGACGUGUUAUCACCAUGGCAACAUGACAAGCCCCGCCCCCUUUUCAGAGACCCACAGGUGCAGCAACGGGGCACCACCCCAGAGAAUUAUUAUGACUCAUAGAUUGUCAUCCAAUCACACAGUUUUCUUCGUGUGAGAUAAAAUAUUAUGAUUUAUUCUCUGAUGAAAUACAAUACACUGGGCAUGUGUUGUGUUGUGGUGGAAUCGACAAAAAAAAAAAACAGCCAUCAGAUUCAACCAGAAGAACCAUAAUACCUGUGAUGUACAGCUGCACCAAACAUGAUAGUUGUACAGUGUACAUUUUCUAAUCGAGUGGUUUUAUCGUCGCUGUAACUCUACGAGAAGUUUGAUAGAGGCCGCCGAUGAUAAAGAGUGUGUGUGUCUGAGUGAGUUAACGUUUAACCCUUUAUCAGGCAAAGAACUAUAUUUGGUAGUUAGAGACAGGUAAUAU